UACUCUGCAGUGAUUCAUCAAAAUGGAAAACUUUAGUACAAUUAAGAAAAAGAUAGAAGAGUUCAUCAUACAUAUCGAUCAUGAAUGUCCGAAGACUCAGAGAGAUGAGGAUGUUAGGAGACAGAUGAAAUGGAGAGGGAAUUUCUUCCUAGGAAUUCUUAACAACAUGCAAAUGAUACUUAUAAAACGAGGAAGUGUUGAAACUGGUGAUAGUCCUUAUAAGGAUUUUGACAAGGAUUUUAAUGAAGUUCUAAAGCUACUGGAUAGCCACCAGACGGAUAAUCCAAGGUGCAAUGUUGAAAAGUCCGAGUGGGAUGCAAAUGUUCAGGAACUCAUGACUGCCUAUGAAUCUCUGCCAAGGCAUAUUGUGAACCCAUCAUUUCAACCUAAUGCUGACUCCGCUCGCUCCCCUUUUUCACCAACAAAUGUUUGUAGUGAAAUAAUUAGGAGAAAUCUCUUCAAAAGUCCCAAGGUACAGGCUAGAGAAAUAGUGGCUGAGGAUGUUUCAGAAGAAAGUCCGAGUGAAGCUGCCACAGAGUCUUCUGACAACUGUAAUUCAGUGGAAUUGACCGAAUUAAAAGAAAGACUGUUAAAAACAGAUGCCAAGAAAUCAAGAGAGGAACGUGGUAAGGUUGUUGACUACAUUGUGGCUAACAAAGAUGUCUUGGCUCACAACAAGUGUUUGCUGUGUGGUUAUGAGUUCACUUUAUUCAAAAACCUUUACAAACAUUACAGAAAUGUUAAGUGUACGAAACCAACUAACAUAAGAAAGAAACCUGAGAAAAAAGGUAGCGUAAAGCCGGUAGGCAGUAGGCCUACAUCUAUACCUGUAGUAGUUGAUAAGACUGGGGUUCAGCUGACUCAAGAAGAAGAAGAUAUUGUGGAUACCUCUGUUAUUGAACAUUACGACGAAACCGAGAGUAUUCUGACUUUUAUUUGCCACCCCCUGGAAAUAGAUGUUUGUGAUAGUCUUCCCGACAACCAGGGAAGAGAGAGAGAAAGAGAAGAUAUAUUUGAAGAGGUUAUAGAUGAGAGUAGAUCUCAUAGAUCAC